CGCGGCCCCCGGGCUCCCGCCAUCCGCCGACGCCGGGAGCCCGGGCUCCCCGCGCCCUGCCCUCCGCGCCGGGGGCCGCCCGCCGCAGACACGGGACCCCCUUCGAGGCCGCUUUGGCGCCAAAUCCUGAGGACCGCCUAUGGCUGCGGUAGCAGUGAGAGAAGCUCUCAGAAGGUGCACAUUCCUCCUUGUUCAUUUUUAAGCAGCUUCCAAAGCUGCUGUUGAUGAUGCCUGAUGCUGCUUUGAAGGCAGAAAACCAACAGUGAGAUCAAGAAUUGUUCUCUAAUGAUCUUGCUUCACCAUGGCUACAAAUAUGGAGGGGCUGGUUCAGCACAGAGUGGGGACCCAGCAGGUGGCUGAGGUAACACGUACACAGACUUCUCGGCCGGAAUCUCCAGGGAUGACCAGCCCCUCCCCACGCAUCCAGAUAAUCUCCACCGACUCUGCUGUAGCCUCACCUCAGCGCAUUCAGGGCUCUGAACCUGCCUCUGGCCCAUUGAGUGUUUUCACCUCUUUGAACAAAGAGAAGAUUGUCACAGACCAGCAGACAGGACAGAAGAUCCAGAUAGUCACCGCAGUGGACGCCUCCGGAUCCCCCAAACAGCAGUUCAUCCUGACCAGCCCAGAUGGAGCUGGAACUGGGAAGGUGAUCCUGGCUUCCCCAGAGACAUCCAGCGCCAAGCAACUCAUAUUCACCACCUCAGACAACCUCGUCCCUGGCAGGAUCCAGAUUGUCACGGAUUCUGCCUCUGUGGAGCGUUUACUGGGGAAGACGGACGUCCAGCGGCCCCAGGUGGUAGAGUACUGUGUGGUCUGUGGCGACAAAGCCUCCGGCCGUCACUAUGGGGCUGUCAGUUGUGAAGGUUGCAAAGGUUUCUUCAAAAGGAGUGUGAGGAAAAAUUUGACCUACAGCUGCCGGAGCAACCAAGACUGCAUCAUCAAUAAACAUCACCGGAACCGCUGUCAGUUUUGCCGGCUGAAAAAAUGCUUAGAGAUGGGCAUGAAAAUGGAAUCUGUGCAGAGUGAACGGAAGCCCUUUGAUGUGCAACGGGAGAAACCAAGCAAUUGUGCUGCUUCAACUGAGAAAAUCUAUAUCCGGAAAGACCUGAGAAGUCCCCUGAUAGCCACUCCCACGUUUGUGGCAGACAAAGAUGGAGCAAGACAAACAGGUCUUCUUGAUCCAGGGAUGCUUGUGAACAUCCAGCAGCCUUUGAUACGUGAGGAUGGUACAGUUCUCCUGGCCACGGAUUCCAAGGCUGAAACAAGCCAGGGAGCUCUGGGCACACUGGCAAAUGUAGUGACCUCCCUUGCCAACCUAAGUGAAUCUUUGAACAACGGUGACACUUCAGAAAUCCAGCCAGAGGACCAGUCUGCAAGUGAGAUAACUCGGGCAUUUGAUACCUUAGCUAAAGCACUCAAUACCACAGACAGCUCCUCUUCUCCAAGCUUGGCAGAUGGGAUAGACACCAGUGGAGGAGGGAGCAUCCACGUCAUCAGCAGAGACCAGUCGACACCCAUCAUUGAGGUUGAAGGCCCCCUCCUUUCAGACACACACGUCACAUUUAAGCUAACAAUGCCCAGUCCAAUGCCAGAGUACCUCAACGUGCACUACAUCUGUGAGUCCGCAUCCCGUCUGCUUUUCCUCUCAAUGCACUGGGCUCGGUCAAUCCCAGCCUUUCAGGCACUUGGGCAGGACUGCAACACCAGCCUGGUGCGGGCCUGCUGGAAUGAGCUCUUCACCCUCGGCCUGGCCCAGUGUGCCCAGGUCAUGAGUCUCUCCACCAUCCUGGCUGCCAUCGUCAACCACCUGCAGAACAGCAUCCAGGAAGAUAAACUUUCUGGUGACCGGAUAAAGCAAGUCAUGGAGCACAUCUGGAAGCUGCAGGAGUUCUGUAACAGCAUGGCGAAGCUGGAUAUAGAUGGCUAUGAGUAUGCAUACCUUAAAGCUAUAGUUCUCUUUAGCCCCGAUCAUCCAGGUUUGACCAGCACAAGCCAGAUUGAAAAAUUCCAAGAAAAGGCACAGAUGGAGUUGCAGGACUAUGUUCAGAAAACCUACUCAGAAGACACCUACCGCUUUAGGCAGGAAAAUUGUUCAGAUCUGCCAAAGGUCAGAAUGCAUUUGUAGGCUUUCCAGCCAAGGAUGGAAGAGUGCUGCUUUCCUGUGACAACUUCUGACCUACCAGAAGCUACAUGAAUUUCUGAGACCCUUUCAAGUAAAGUAUUUCCUAUUUCCCUCCCCACCAUGUCCCCCUAAAAUAAACAUUGGAACAAAAUUGACAGCCUGGGAAGACACACGGGCCUACCUUCCCGACGUGUGUCCUCUGCACAGACCUCAGUCUCCAGGAGCCCCAUGGAACACAGAUGCCCCUGGGGGCUUCCCCUUCUGGCCCAGUGCUUCUCAAAUGAUUUUGCCCCCCGGCAGGGUAACCAGCUCUUAGUCUUUCAGCGCUAAAACCAGGACAGUCCCAGUCAUUUCUCUGGUGUGACUGGGGGUGUCUUAUGGCUGGCUGGUCCUGCUGGUAGACAAGAGCCUGCUUCUCCUUUUGGCACACUUCUAUUGCCUAGAUGUGGCUUUUAUAAAAGCAAGAUCCAUUUUCUACUGGAAUCAUCGAAGACUUCAUCAUGAAUCUAGAAUAACUUCAGCCGCAAUACAUAGAGAAUGGGACUGUCAGGGAAUGCACCCACAUCCAGAAUUUAUACAUCCAGCCAGGUGUACAGUCAGGUUGUCCUCCUAGGAGGCCACAGGCCUGCUCCCCCACAAUUCCCAUGGCCAAAAGAUGGCUGGAAAUGGCCCUCUGGGGCUACUGGCAGAGCCACAGCACACCCAAGAAUCACUUUCACAUCAGCAAUUCUGUGGCCUUGGAAAGUAGAUAUAAUGUGUCUGAAAACAUCAUGAGUCACUCCUGUCCAGUCAGGGACCCAGGGUUGGGUAGGGUGACAGGUUACUUGGAGCCCAAAAUGUUAAGGGAGGCUUUCAUAUAGGGCUCAGAAAUUCACUCAAGAGAUAGUUCUCAAAGAAAAGGCCCUAGAGUGUUUUACAUCCUGUUUGCAUAUUCAUUUUUUCUUUAUCUUGAUAUUUACUGUCUGGAAUAUCCAUUUUUGACUCUUCCCCAUCCUUGUGCCUUUUCUCAUAUUGAUUAUUCCUCCUGAAAUGCCUCCCAUCCCUCCCCAUUCUUUGUAUCUCUGCUGAUAAGAAUCUUAGCCAGCCCCUAAGGCCCAGCUGAGAUGGCAGUUCCCUUACACCUUUGUGUGCCCUGCAAGAUUGGAGCACAGCGACUCAUUGUGGCUGAGUGAAUGGAUGCUGGUGCUGGAAUGGAUGCUGGUGCUGGAAUGCUACCUGCAUAGUAUGAAUACAUUUUCCCAUUUUAAAAAUAAGCCGUAUUCACUCUAGAAAAAUUUAGAAUGUUCUAAAAAGGAAAAAGAAAACUUUUUAAAAAGCACUAUCCAGGGGCAGGGUGUGGUGACUCACACCUGUAAUUCCAACACUUUGGGACACUGAGCAGGAUUGUUUGAGCCCAGGAGUUUGAAACCACCCUGGGCAACAUAGUGAGACCCCAUCUCUAUGAGAAAAAAAAUGAAAAAUUAGCCAGGUGCGGUGGUGUGCACCUGUAGUCCCAGUUACUCAGAAGUCUGAGGUGGGAGGCUCACUUGAGCCUGGGAGGUUGCGGUUGCAGUUGCAGUGAGCUGUGAUCACGUCACUCCAUUGCAGCCUGGAUGACAGAGCAAGACGCUAUCUCCAAAAAACAAAAACAAAAAAGCACUAUCCAGAGAUACCUACUAUUAACAUCUUGCGAAUUCACUUAUAGAAAUUUUUUAUGUAUUGUAAUUGGGAUCAUAAAAUACCAAAGGUUUUGUAACCUUUUUUCAUGUAAUAUACAAUAACAAUACGUACUCUUCUUCAUUUUCUGUGGUUCCUAUUUCCCUGCUAAUGAAAAGGUAGGGUGUUUCCGGUUUGGGCUGUCACACACGGCACUGCAGUAGAGUCCUGGCACAUGCUCCACUUACUCACCUGGGAUUCAGUCCUGGCUGGGGAAUGGCCUGGUCACGUGGGACACCUGAGAUACACAGUGUUCAGUGGCCCUCCAGGGCAGUGUCGUGGUGCACCCUCCACCCCAAGUUUCUUCAAAAUGAAAGCUAUUUUACUACUUUAUUUAUAAUCCUAAAUGAACACUGGAAAUUAGAGCAGUACAAAAAAAUAAGAAAAAAUCUCGCCUCACAUCCCAAUACCCAGAGCCCAACUGUUAGCAUUGUGGUGAACAUUUUCCUAAUACUUUAUAUACACAUCUAUACUUGCUGUUUUAUAAUCUCCUUUUAAAUUUUUAUUAAGCAAUACGUCAUGGAUGUCUUUCCUGAUCAGUAAAUACAGAUUUGUAUUAUCGUUUUUUAAAUGAGUCUCUAGCAGUUCAUCAUAUGAAGACUCCUGUUUUAUUUUAACCUGUCCUCUGUUGAUGAAUUUCCAGGUUUUCUCUUGGUGGGGGUGAGGAGAGUUGGAAUAAACGAGUGAAGGGAACAUACCUGUACAUACAUUUUGUACUCAUUUGGUUUUUUCUCAUGAUAAAUUUCUAUAAGAGGAACUGUUGAAAUCAGAAAAGAGAGGUGGGUGGAUGCCGGAUCCAUUUGGUUUGAUUCUGUGCAAUACAGACAGGACCCCAGGAGCCUUUGCUGACCUGUGGUUGAAGGGCAUCAAACAGUCUCCUUUUCUAAUGACACUCCUUUUAUAGAUUGGCCCGGAUCCUUGUUCGCCUGCCGGCACUCAGGCUGAUGAGCUCCAACAUAACAGAAGAACUUUUUUUUACUGGUCUCAUUGGCAAUGUUUCGAUAGACAGCAUAAUCCCCUACAUCCUCAAGAUGGAGACAGCAGAGUAUAAUGGCCAGAUCACCGGAGCCAGUCUAUAGCGCACACCACACACCUGCUAAGGAGCAACAGAAUCCUCCCGGGACCGUUCACGUACAAAGAAAAGAAAAGUAGUGGUAUUUUGGUAUGUGCAAAUAUUUCCAUAUGUUAGCCAUUUCCUGUCUGGUUUCUCCUUAUCUGUUAAUCCCAGACAAUAGCAAUUAAAAGACUAGUAGGAUCCUUUCCUGACAUAAGAAAUGUUUUAAUGCCUUUUGAUGAAGCAGCAGAUUUUGGAACAAUCUUUUAACUCAAUUUGUAUUUAGAAAUUCUCAAAGGGCAAAAAACAAAAAAAAGGUUUUAUAAUGUCAGAGACUAGUAUUAAAGAAAACUGAAAGAACCUAAGAGAAUAGUAUGUGUGUAUAUAUAUAUAAAAAAAGUCCUUGGAAUUAUAGAUACUAAUUACCAGGGUAAUAAUAUUAGCACUUUCUAAGCACUUAUCAAUAUGUAAUGUUAGCAACAUCUUGCCUAUGGGCAGGGCAAAUGGAAAACUGUAUAUGUCUUUUGCCGAAAUGCUAAUGAUUUCUGUGAAAACUCACUAGGGUACAGGAGACAAUCAUUUAUGUUUAAGAAAAGAUGGCAUCAUUCCUAAUUGUGUGCACAUGUUGUGGAGUUGAGCUGAAUUCUGUGAAUGGAAACGUGGCUCAUUUGCAUCAUGCAGUAAGUGGGAGUGUGGUAGCACAGUCGGUGGUGACCCAGUUCAGAAGGUUCUAGCCAUAGAGCAGACACUUGUCAGGUUCCCUGACUACUUGGUCCUGGUCUCUGAUGGGCAUCUGCAGACUCCUCUCGAACCUGGGGUUCUCCUCUGAUGACUGGUUAUCUGAAUUGGAUUGCAACUAGUCAGACAUUAACUGCCAAAUGAGAUGUACAGUUCCUCCAGCAAGUGAAAACAUCCCCAAGUCACAUCCAUCGCUCGUGGCAGAUAGAGCCUUGUGACCAAAAAGCGCAAGGUGGGCAUUUUGAGCUCUUGACAGUACUUCCGAUACAAUUGGGGGUGCUUGUGUGUUUGUCCAGAUGGAGGGAGUGUGGCCUUGGAGUGUGAGGGUUACCUUCCCAGGGCUUUCCACUCCAAAUGCCCCCUUGAAAAGGGUUCGUGUUUUUGCAGCUCCAUCAGAACUGUGAGGCUGGACUGGGGCUGGGCAGGAGCCUGCUGCCACCUGGCGAGAGUGGUUAGGGCCCGGUAAAGCUGGAUGGAAGGUUUCAGGACAAUUUCUUCCUGUUGACCUUAAAUAUCAGAGAUUUUAAAAAUGUGUGUAGACUCAGCAUCUCUGUUGGCAAGUCUGUUAAUGUUACCAGCACACUGUGCACUUUGGUUCCCCCAGGUGUGUGCCAGCCGACCAUCCCAGAGCAUUUUAAAUGCAGGCUGCUUGCUCCUUAAAAACAACCCUCAAUUUCCAGGGUGAUAGUCUUUCUCAUAAAUUGUAGCAACCAGAGUUUACAGCAAGAACAGAGUAUGCGCUUAAAAGGAAGUUAUGUCUAACUUCAAACACCCAUAAAUUCCCACGGAUGUGAAUAUAUAGCAAGCUUUUCCUGUUUGAGAACAGUGGCAUGUGGAAGACCCGGUCAAUUGCUUUGUCUUUUGCUUUUUAAAUAGUCCAGAUUAAGAAAAUACACCCUGUUGGGUUAAAUUUGCCUCUCUUGAUUUGUUAAUCAGAUGAUAUCUAAAAAGAUCCCUGGACACUCCCCUGCCUCACAGGUGCUCUGAUCUGGCUCAGGCUGGUGCCACACGUGCUCCACAGGGGUGCAGUCUGGCCAGCUACAGACGCCCCUGUGGUGCCACAUUGGACAGAAUGGAAGCUGCAGGCUCAAGGCAGAACAGGAUGCUUGAUCCUGAAGGGUUAGCAGCACUUUACGCAAGUCAUUGUUAGUAGGGUAAGUGGGAACAGUGUUUCCAAGGAUUUAAUUAUAUCAUUUUAUAAUUCUUGCCUUGGCAGCAAAUUUCGGAGAGUAGUGGGGGUGGCCAUUAUAAAAUGAUGGAAAGGAUUUAAUUUUGCCAGCUUAAAGUAAUUUUUAUUUUUCUAACCCUGAUGUGUUUUCAGUUUCAAAAUUAAGACAAAAAACCAGCUGAGACAAUGGAAUUAGGGCAGGUUUGUUUCAUUUCUGCUUGUGAAGGAUUUUAAUAGCAGGCAUCCUGAAGCUCAGCUGUGCCUCUAACACAGAUUGUUGCCUGCCUUCUGUCGUUUUGAUUCUUGAGAGUGGUCAUGAGGGCCAUGUUGCAGUUCCCUGGGAAUAUAAGCGUAACAGCUUUCAGAUCCCAAUUCUUGGUGUUGGUGAAAAGGUCUCCACCAGCCCCUCCUCUCAUUCCCAGGUCAUUCAGUGGCAGCCAGUAGGCCGCUUAGACUCAGGUUGGAUAAGGAAGUGUCGGGCUCUGGUCAACCUUGCAGAAAACGUGAUUUUGCUUGGAAAGGUGCUGAUUCUAACCUGGUCCUGCUCUUUAAGUCCCCUUGCUGGUGAUGGCUGAUUCCAGGGACUGUUUUGGGCUUUGAACACCUCUUGGUUGGUUUCUGAGAUCCUCUUGGCCUUACUUUGAAGUGGCCUUUUCUUUAAGGAUCAUGUCCACAUAACCUGAAUUCUUGCUGCUUGAACUCAUUUCAAGCCUUUGAUUGCAGGUUCAUUUCAUCUCCUGUCAGGUUGGUUAAGGAAAGUCAGCCCAAAGUCAAGAAUUACUUAAAGAGAUGCAAACCAAAUAUUUGGGCUCCAACUUUCACAGGGCUUAUAGCCCUUGUUAGCAGUUUGUGAAACUUUGGGUUCAUGAAGUGAGACCUGUCCUCUGGCUACUGAACUCCAUGGAGCCACGUUCAUGCUCCCUCUUCUACUGGCCUGGCCGCUCCUCCCUCAGUGAGGAGAGGCAGCUGGCUCAGAGAGGUGGGAAAGACACAUGCUGUCAUCAGUUAAGUGGGCUCUUUUCCAGAAGUAUCUCAGAUAAUGUUGGGUUAAGACAGAUAGAUGUUGAAAAUGGUGGAGAUCAUUACACAUUAGCAUAAAGCAGGACAGGAAGAGAUUUUUUGAAGACCAAAUUAGUUGAGCAAGUAAUACUUUUCAAGUUACUCCUGGAAGGUGUUUUUAAGGAAGUGUGUUACCUACCAUAGUCUCCUAAUUUAACAUUUCUGUCCUGAGGGGUUACAUUAUUUAUUGUCUAACCCUUGCCAUAAGGCUGUGGUUUGAGGUUCUUUUGCUGUUCUGGGCUUUAUAUUUAAUUUCCAGUGUAGUCACUUCUAAGAUGUGUAAUUGCCCUCAAGAGGGACUGAUUUUUAGCUUGUCAUUGUCAGUAUUGAAUGUGGACUCUUCUGAGGCAGUUAGGACACCAGCCAUGGUGUUAACAGUGGAUGCGUUAGGCUCCCUAAUCUCAAGGCAAUAUCCACGCUACACACAUACUUAGCUGUCUUACUUGUUUGGGGGAUAGUUAUGGCAAGGAGCAAAAAAUUCUAAGGACUCUAGCUGUUUCUAGUGCUUUUACUUUCAUAGUCCUUUGAGGACAUUUCCUGCAGAGCACUCUUGCUGACAGCCCGCCCUCUGCAGGGCUUCCAGCCCCUGGCCGUAAUCAGCAGUUCAUGCCACAUCUGUACAUCCAUGUUCUGGGACCUGAUCUCACUGGAGUCCAGAAGUUUGUUGCCCACUUUCCAGUGUAAAUGACUUUAUGUGCAAUGGGGUCAUAGGUAACAUUUUAACUCUUCUCUUAGUCCAGGUCAUGGAAAGUCUCAUCAUCUGACAGCCACUUUUCUCCCAGGGAGGGUGGUGCCCAUUGGGCCCUGGGAAUGCCUGAGCCAGCAGGGAAUGCCCCACGUGCUUCCUUUAUCCAGCUUCCAUUCUCUUGGUUAUGAGGCUCUUUGAAAAUGUCUUAACUUUGAUGUAAAUUUUUAAAGCCAACCCCUCAUCAAGACAGGGUUGGUUUGGAUCUUUUGUACACAGGGUCUGGACCUUCUCAUUGUGUGCCUCCCACCAGCGUGCACUUCGCAUGUCCGGCCCUGGGUCCCUUCAGCAGCCAUUUGUGCGUGUACAGGUUUCUAGGCUGUAAGACUGAAUGAAUGUACAUGUGUUUAUAUCCUCUCUAUGUACAGUGUAUAUAGUGUGUGUAUGUGUACAUAGAUGUAUAUUAUGUAUACAGACAUGUAUCCAAACUUUCCUUAUGUUUUAAAGAGAGUUUUUCAUAAAGUUGCUAAUGUAAACUGAUGUAGGUGUUGCAAGGUCCCUCGGCAGGGAAGAUUUGCUGGUGAUUUUCUUCACUCCAUUUUCCUUUGGGUGAGCCUGCCUGGGAAGGGCCGUGAAGUCAGAAUCUCCACUCUGCAAAAGGAAGAAUUCCAGGCAGAAGAGGUUCUGACAGGGUGACAUUUCCCUAUAUUCUCUAGGUUCAGACAAGAGCCAGGAAGCUGGAAGACAGUUUAUCUUAAUAUCCAAAACUAAGUGGGAAUUUUUAACCUUUUCAUGCACCUAUUCAUGGCCCUACCUUGAAGGAACUUAGCAGUUGGGUUGAGCCAUCAGCCUUCCCAGCUAUUCAGCUCUGUUGAGUAGCCCAGAGACAGGCGUCACAGUCAGAGAUUCAGAACGGUCCGUGUCAGUGAGGCCUGACUCCCAAAGAUGGUAGCAAUUUCCCAGGCUUGCGCUGUGCUCAGUCAGCAAGAUGUGGGGCACUGUCCUAUGACUGAACAAAUAGUAAUUCCCAUCUUUCUAUCGCCAGUUAAAAAUAAACAACCUACCAAGUAUUAUUCUUUAAAACUAAGCAUGGAUGUUGAUGGCUAACUUUUGUGGCAUAUAAGCUACAGAUCUCAAGUUACUUCUCUAACUGUAAGCAUGUAAAUGACUUUAACUCCUUUCUAUAAGUUAUGAUUUUAAAUUUUCAGAUAAGAAUUGCAUUUUAAUAUGGAUAUGUGUGCCCUUAAAAGCUACAGAUACCAAAUUUUCCUUGUCCAGGUCUAUUCGGAUGAAUUUUCCCCCUUAAUCUGGCCUUAAACUGAGACGGCCCUUGAGAGCCAGGGCCUGGCCCAGCAGUAGUUGCUCAUAGACCUGGGAAGCAGGGGCCUGCUGGAAGGAAUCACUGGAUUGCUGCAAAAACUCACAUAAUCCACAGGUUACUCUUUUUCUUUUUAAAAUAAGUUAUCAAAAUGUUUUAAAAACAGUUUAUGAGACCAUAGUACUCAGUGCCUUUUGUGAGACAGUGGGUCAUUUAGCCUUCAGCUUCCCUGUUUUUGAUGUAGAGAAAGCUUCUGUUUCACUGGCCUCAUCCCACAAGAUUGUGCGACCUUUCCCCGUCAUAGCCUGUCGUGACAAUCACGCUAUUGAAAGUGGCUUUCUAGUUAAAAUGCAGUUGGAAACUUGACAGUCUCUAAAUGAAUUAAAAUAAAAAGUUUCCUUUGGGGCUAUUUAGCUUAACAGCAGUCUACAAAUAAUUAAAGUGUGAGCUUAAGAAAAGUAUCUUUGGGGGGAGAAAAAUGUCAGAUAUUUUUAAUGCCCAGCUAUAAAUAAUUUUGGUGUCUUGAUAUUUAUACAUGCAAAAUAGAAAAAAAUGUUCAACAUUUAUUGAUUGAUAGACUGUUAAAAUUUAAUGUUUGGAAUAACAUUUGGAAGUAGUAGACUUUGCAUUAAAAAAUGGCUUUUCUUUAGGAAAGUAUAAUCAAUUAUUUUAAUGACCAUAGCAUUCAUGGACUCAAAUGCUGCUGCCACACACAACUCAAGUGCUGGAAUAUUUUUCUACAGUCUCUCUGUUCUAUGGAUUAUCUUGUAAACCAGUGUUCAACUAGUUUUAUAACUGAAAAGCUGCACAUUUUUCACAGUACAAGCCGUAGUUUUUACCUGUAGUUUGGACUUCUCUGUUAGAAUGUAACUGCAUUACCAGCCCUUUUAAACGCAUCUAUCAAAGGAAAAUUUGGGUGUUAGAUUUUCUUGGGACCGUUUCUGUAACCUUUGCCCUUCACAAUAUAGAAAAUAUUGGUUUUGCCAUUACAUUUUAAUGCCAGGUUUAAAACCUGUUGAAAGCUGCAGCUUUAUACAGCUUUCUUCUCCCUGUGAAAUCACUUUGUUUAUGUGAUGGCAUUUAAAAAAUAGCAUGUUCUUUUUAAACUGAAUUUUAUAUCUAAUCAAUGUCUUCAGUCUUGAAGAAGAAUUUGCAUUGUUGUGUUUGUAUAUAGAGUAUUGCAGUGCAUGAAUUAGCUUUAUGCAUUUUAUUAAAUGCUGUUUCAAUGUGGCAUUAUUGUUGUGGCUUAAUACUACUACCUAAAUGAGGUUUAUACUAUUAAAAGUGAAUUAAAGACUA